UAGCGAUGCUUAGCGUCAUUGAAUGUUUGCAACGAAUUAUGAUCAUCGGACAGAAAUUAGCCUUAAAGAUGAAACGUCUUCGUCGUAGUUCUGGGGAAGGUGUGCACCAGCCCGAGUAUGUGAACUUUAUGAACGAGAACUACCCAGAGGGGUUCAAAUACAGUAAGUUCGCCCCAGCAUUUACCGCAGAGUUCUUCGAUCCAGAUCAGUGGGCAGAGGUGAUUCAGAAAUCCGGAGCCAGAAGUUAUCAGUCUCUACAGAGAUUGUAACAACAGUUGAGACCAGGAACCUGGAUCAUUUGCAACGAAUACUACAGUUGUGAUCUCAGAAGGUCAAGCAGUGCAGCAGCAUAAUCCUUUUGUUAUGACUUUUUGACAUAACAAAAGUCUUCAAUUUUCACAAUUUUGGAUUUUUGAUUUUCUUUUUAAACAGAGAAGAUAUAAAAACUAUAUUUGAAUUUUUAAGUUUUAAGGCAAAGUAAAUUUGCACAGACUAUUCAACCACAGAUGUUAAGUAUUUGGUACUUUUUCCUCUCUCAGAUUGGCUAACAGAACAUCCAGAAUCUAUUAUA